CAGCUUCGCAAACUUGCAUUCAAAAUCCUUCAUUCCACCACUAUACUGCUGCCUGCAUGGAAGGCCGUCCUUGCAGAUCUAAAACUGCCUGUUAGAAUCAUGCCGCAUGAUGUGUCCACACGUUGGAAUUCCACUUACGACAUGUUGAGUUUUGCAUUUGAGUACCAGAAAGGUCUUGAUGCAAUGACGGACCAGCGGAGACUGGGACUUGGUGAGUAUGAGCUGACAUCAUAUGAGUGGACGCUUGUUAAACAGUUGCGUGAUAUCCUCAAAGACACCACUCUGUACUUUUCCCGUUCCAUGCCAAACCUGCCAAUGGUGAUCCCUGCCAUGGAUCACAUUGACAGUGUUUUCACAAGCAGCAUUCUCAAGAAAGACCGGCUUGACCCUGCAAUCCGCGCUGGUCUUGGACUGGCGAAACGAACCCUUAAUCGAUAUUACUCACUGACUGAUGCAUCUGAAGCUUACCGUAUUGCAAUGGGUGCGUACUAA